ACUUUUUAUGUAUUUCCAGAGCUAUGGAGGAUUUGGAAGAUAAUACCACUGUGUUCUCCACCUUGAGAUCCUUCAACAACUUCAUUUCACAGCGUAUGGAGGGGGUGUCCGGGCAGGCUGUGCCAGCAUCAUCUCAGAGCUCCUUGCAGAUUCAGUACCAGCAGAGGGUGCAGUUGGAAGAACAAGCUGGGCAGAUCCAUUCCAAAUCGCAGCUCCUGCAGGUGGAACGGGAGAAGAUGCAGAUGGAGCUUAGCCACAAACGAGCUCGCAUUGAGCUGGAGAAGGCAGCUAACACUAAUGCCAGAAACUAUGAGCGAGAGGCUGACCGUAACCAGGAGCUGCUCACACGCAUAAAGCAGUACCAGGAAAGGGAAACAGAAGCUGAAAAUAAACUGAAGGAACAAGUGGAGAUGAACAAAUCCUAUAAGAAAAGUAUGGAGACAAUGAGUAAGAAACUGCAAGAGAAGGAGAGCAAAUUAGCUGAAGCUAAUGAAACAAUCACUAUAUUAAAAGGGAAAAUAUCUGAGCUACAAUGGAAUAUAAUGAAUCAAGAGAUGCAGAUGACAAGCCAAGACUCACAGAAGCAAGAGCUGAUGGAACAGCUGGAUGUUCAACAUAAGAAAUGGCAAGAGGCUACUCAGCAAAUCCAGACAUUGCAAGCAAGCCAGUCCCUACUGGCAGAAUAUGAACAGAAGAUUAAGGACCUGGAGCAGAAGUUCUCCCAGCAGGAACAUGAUGCUGUUAUCGUCAAGAACAUGAAGACAGAACUGGCCCGUUUCCCAAAAAUGGAGCGGGAGCUGCGACAGCUUAGGGAGGAAAAUGCAUACUUCAGGGAAAUGAAAGAAAACAAUGGUUUGCUUAAAGAAGAAGUAGAAAGUCUCCAAAGAAAAUUGGAACGCUAUGAGAAAGUCCAAGCACAGUUAGUGACUGCUGAAUUGGAAAAUGAGGUGAGGAGCUAAGAAUAAAUAUUUGGAUGGGGUUUUCUUUGUUGCCCAGCCUGUGUUCUAGGCUCUUCCUGCAUUGCUUUACUUGAGACACUUGUUCAAAAUGGUGAAUAUAAACAUGGCUUUCACCAACUUAAAUGUCAACACGUGAGAGUG